CGCGGCACGAGGACGAGAGCCUCUUUCCCAGGGUUAGAUAUCGAAACAGCAAUUGGGCAUGCGUGGGAUUGUAUGGGACUUCUGAGCCUUGAGAAGGUUGACGCUGCUGGAGUAAAUUAACACCGAUAGCUGCUGCUUCUGCUUUUGCUGCUGCUGCGUGCGACCCGCGACCCGACUCGACUUUCGUAUGUGCUUUAUCAGCGAUUGAGCAAUGGAUCGAAGACGCGACCGGGACCGAGGUGGUGACCGUGACAGAGGAAGAGACAGAGAUCGCGAAUGGGAGAGGGAGAGAGAUAGGGACAGAGACAGGGACAGGGACCGGGAGAAAGGGCGGCUGAGGUCGAGAACGAGAUCAAGAUCUAGGUCUCCCCCAGCCAGGCAUCGUCGCUCACCGUCACAUGAUCGAUCAUAUAGAGGCGAUGACAGACGUGAUGGGAGAAGGGAGAGAGAACGAAGUAGAGGCCGAGAAAGAAGCCGAGACAGGGACAGAGAGAGAAGUAGGGAAAGAGAGAGGAGCAGAGAUAGAGGUCAUGGAGGAGAUCGUGAGAAAAGCAGAGAGAGGAGUGAUAAGAAGAUUUCUGAACAGAGAGACAAACGAGAUGGGAGCCAUGGGGUAGAUAACCAACGCGCAGCUGUGGCUGAAUUCGUAGAUGGGAUUGCCAGUGAAACCAAAACUGACUACGCGGCUCCACCUGCAAUGGACGAUGAUGAGAAUAUGAUGAAGAAGCUUGGAAUACCGACGGGUUUCACAUCGACAAAGGGGAAAUACAUUCCAGAUGCGAAUCACAGUGCGGUAAAGCUCACCACAAAGCGUACGCCACGACAGUACAUGAACAGACGAGGUGGAUUUAAUAGGCCAUUGCCUGCUGAGUCAAAUAGAUGAGAAUUAAUAUCUCACUUCGAACGUAUCACUGGCAAUUGUCAAGGGCUUGCAAUGCAGUCAUGAUCUGGGAGACAUUUCAGCUCAAUCUGGUUUUGAUAUGGUUGGGCGGUAGCACUGCCAACAGGCGUUUGAAUACCUGGUAUCUGGUUAGAAUUUUUCGCUCUGGAAUGCCGACUAUAUUUAACCUUUUACAUUAUCCAGGUCACUUAUUAAACCACUUAAAUGUUUCCCCUUUGGACUGUACAGUAUCUAUGUGCCAGUUAUUAUUUGUAGCAUGAUCGGUUUCGGCUGUAGUAGAGAUACAAAAGGAUCUGUUCAUUUCUGUGUUAUACUCAUGCAAUGCUUAUUUUAGGACAUGCAAAUUUAUCAGGAUUAUUUGUUCACUUGUCUAUUCAAGCAGGUGACUUGUCCA